UUUGAAAUUUAUUGAAGAUAACUUGAAAAGGAGGAUUAGAAAUUUAUUUGGGUGGUAACUGAUAAGGUAUUUUUACUUAGCAGUGACCACAAAACUGAAAUUUUCAAUCAAUGGAUAAUUCUACAGUUGAUUAUCAAUAAUUUUUAGGAGUUCGCGUCGACUGCCCAGAGUCCGCGAAAACUGCUACCAAGUUCCAAUCGAUUUGAAAGACACCCAAUAAUGGCUCAAGCACUAAACUUUGGUGACUCAUGUGCGCCGAUUACUUGUCACGCAUGGAAUAAAGAGAGAAAUCGAAUUGCAUUUUCACCUAAUAAUAAUGAAGUUCAUAUUUAUCAGAAGGAAGGCAGUGAUUGGAAACAAACUGAUAACCUGGUGGAGCAUGAUAUGAGAGUUACAGGCAUUGAUUGGGCACCAAACACAAACAGAAUUGUUACAUGCUCUGUUGAUCGUAAUGCCUAUGUUUGGACUCAAAAUGAGGAAGGAAAAUGGACCACCACACUGGUAUUGCUACGAAUCAAUCGUGCUGCUACCUGUGUUAAGUGGUCUCCAAUGGAGAACAAGUUUGCAGUUGGUUCAGGAGCUAGACUGAUAUCUAUUUGCUAUUUUGAAAAGGAAAAUAAUUGGUGGGUGUCUAAACAUAUUAAGAAACCAAUUAGGUCAACUGUGGCCUCAUUGGACUGGCACCCAAAUAAUAUUUUAUUGGUUGCUGGCUCAAGUGAUUUUAAAGUCAGAGUUUUUUCUGCUUAUAUCAAAGACAUUGAGGAACAACCUGGACCUAAUGUUUGGGGGUCUAAGUUACCUCUGGGCCAAUUGUUGGCAGAGUUUCCAUCAAUAGGAGGUGGAUGGGUUCACAGUGUUUCUUUUUCUGCUGAUGGGAAUAAAGUUGCUUGGGUAGGACAUGACAGUUCCAUAAAUGUAGCAGAUGCUUCACAAGGAAAAGGAACAAUUAAACUCAAGACUGAAUAUUUGCCAUUCCUGGGUUGUAUUUGGAUAUCUGAAAACUCCUUGGUUGUUGUUGGGCACAGCUGCAUUCCAUUACUUUACUGUUAUACAGGGGACCAAAUUAGAUUUGUUGCCAAAUUGGACAACACUCAACGGAAAGAGUCUGGGGGUUUAUCGGCAAUGAAGAAAUUUCAGUCUCUUGAUCGUCAGGCCAGAAUUGAAACAAAUGAUACCUUUUUGGAUUCAAUUCAUCAAAAUGCCAUCACUUGCAUCAACCUGUAUAAAGGAACAAAAGCUGAUGCAUCUAAAUUCAGCACUUCUGGGCUGGAUGGAUUGCUAGUCAUUUGGGAUAUGGAAUCACUGGAAAAGUCAAUUGAAGGACUAAAAAUCAUUUAAAAUGCAUUUAAAGUAUUAUAUUUAUUAUUAUAUUGAAUAAUAUGAUCAUCAGUUGCCUGUAAGAAACUGAAAUCACUCGAAGAAUGAAAAGCUGUAAAAUGAUAACAAUCACAGUUUGAUCAGUCUAGCGAAAACAAACAAAAGUGAGUGAGAUCAGAUCUCUGGCCGUUAAAACAUUCAAAUAUACAGAUAUAAACUCAAUUAGUUACAACAGCUAUUAAUUAUUUACUAUACAAUAAUUUUUAAACUUCUAUAAUUUAUAUAAAUAAUUAGACAAUAAGACUACUAAUGUACUAGUGAUCAAUCACAUUAAUACUACUGAAGUACUGAUGACCUAUUUAAUAAAGUUAUAUAAAUUAAA